AUGGAGCUCUUGCUGCGUGGAAAUGGAAUUCUAGGGUUCGUCGAUAGUUCAUUCAAAUGCCGCUUACCUUAUGAGUAUAAUACAGUCAAGGCUGUGAUUCGAGGUCGUGAUCAUGGUAUUUCUUUGAAAGAUCUUCGAUCUCAAUUGAAGGCUGAGGAAGCCACAAUUGAGGAAUCCACUCACAAUGUUCCAAUCACGUCUGCUAUGGCUGCCGCAACUCAGAAUUCCUCUUCUGGGUCUGGUAUGAACUCUGUUCCUUAUUCCCCUAUGCCUUAUGGGUCUCGUAAUUCUUCCUCUGGAUUUCAAGAUAAAGGCAAAGGCAAGAUGUUCUAUACUUAA